AUGCAGUGGACCCAGAUGGCAGGAAAGUUAGUGCAUGGCGAUUCACUGGGGCGGCUUUUGUGUUUGUGCCGGUGUUUGUACAUGAUGCUGUUGCCAUUGUGCCAAUGCACCAGUACUCAGUGCUUCAUUGUUGUGGGGGUGCUUGGUGAAUGCAUGGCUUGCUUUGGUACCCUGCAGUUGUGGAUAUUUGAUUCUCAGAUCGGGCUGGUGCCAAACGAAUCGGCCGUCCGACAUAUCCUGGAUGCUGUGAAG